CGCUAACUCUCCCAGCUCCUCACAGAAACAAUUGAAGUCAUCCGUACCUUACAGUUCGUCAAGAGAUCAAACAGGUGUUUUAAUGUCCCGUCGAGACAGGCUUUCAACGAAAUGGAGUUAUUCCACGGACAGUGUUUGGGACGAGUCCUGAUUUUGACUGCUGCGCUUCUGUCACCUGCGUUCACGGUCCUGGGCAGUGACAGCCUCGGCCUGAAGGUGGCAGGAGAGCCAGUGCUUACCCCCAAUGCAGUGUGUUUGCGACUGGCAGGCCUGACCAAAAAACAGAUGCGUCUGUGUGUGCGCAGCCCUGAUGUCACAGCCUCUGCUCUGCAGGGCAUUCAGGUUGCUAUUCACGAAUGCCAGCACCAGCUCAAAGACCAGCGCUGGAACUGCUCCUCUCUGGAGAACCAUGGCAAGUUGCCCCAUCAGAGUGCCAUUCUCAACAGGGGGUUCAGAGAGAGCGCCUUCUCGCUUUCUCUGCUCGCUGCAGGUGUAGUGCACUCGGUGGCUUCGGCUUGCAGUCUGGGUAAAUUGCGCGGGUGUGGCUGCGAGGCAAAGCGACGCCUAGACGAUGACAAAAUCCGUCUAAAGUUAACCCAGCUCCAGCUUCAGACGUUUCAGAGGAGUGGGAUGAACGUAGCAGGUGCAGGAGAGAACUCACCUGAGUUCAGUUCACUCCGCAGUGGACUUCCAGACAGUUUAGGCUCCUCCCACCCUGUCAAUCUCCUCAAACCCUUACCUGAUGAAGUGUCAAUGCUGCAGGACACCUGGGAGUGGGGAGGUUGUAGUCAUGAUGUACGUUUUGGUGUACGGUUUUCAAGGGACUGGUUGGAUUCCAGAGGAUAUCCACGUGAUAUACACGCCCGUAUGCGGAUCCACAAUAAUAGAGUUGGCAGACAGGUAGUUACUGACAACAUGAGAAGAAAGUGCAAGUGUCAUGGCACAUCCGGCAGCUGCCAGUUCAAGACCUGCUGGUAUGUCUCUCCUGAAUUUCGGCUUGUAGGAUCACUUCUGCGAGAAAAAUUCCAAACUGCCAUUUUCAUAAACUCUCAGAACAAGAACAACGGUGUAUUCAACUCUCGUGUUGCGGAGUCCACCGGCUCGGAGCAGGUCAGAAGCCGGCGGCGAAGCAUGUCGCGUGAGUUGGUCUACUUCGAGAAGUCGCCGGACUUCUGCGAUCGUGAGCUGGCGGUGGAUUCGCUGGGCACGCAGGGUCGAAUUUGUAACAAAAGCAGCCCCAGCAUGGACGGCUGCGGGUCUCUAUGCUGCGGUCGUGGACACAACAUCCUCAAACAGGCACGCAGUGAACGAUGUAACUGUCGCUUCCACUGGUGCUGCUACGUGCUCUGUGAUGAGUGCAGGGUCACAGAGUGGGUUAAUGUGUGCAAAUGAAUAUGUCCAAAGCCCUUAUUGUAACAAGAAUCUCUACACUGUCACACUAAAUGUGACCGCCUGUGUGUUUUGCUCUCACAAUGCGCUUAUCCAUUUCUCUCCUUCCUUUAACCUCCAUCAUCUGGGAUUAAUUUGUGUUGUGUUGCUGUUGUUAUUCUUGAUAUGCCAAGUCAGGGAUUGAAGGAGGUGACUCAUGUCAUUUGUUUUCUCUCUUUCUUUGGAAUCUUCAGGCGCUAGAACCAAGCAAAUGCCCCAAAUGCCAUCUGCACUUCUCAAAAUACAGCAGGAGAAAAUAAUUCAUGCAAAAUACUGUAUAGACAUUACUACGGUCUGCCUUUUUACAUUUUGAAAAGUGCACGUAAUGUAUAUUCCUUGGCUUGACAUUUAUGUUGUAAUUGUUUUGGAUGAUAAAACAGCAGCUUAGUUGGGCUGAGGUUUCCAACAACGCUCCAUCUUCCAAAAAUCUUUACCCACUUAGAUCACAAAAUAUCAAUGAGAAGUGGUGGUAACGCUUUUUAGGAGUCUUGGGACAAAGAAUGUUCCUUGCACAGUGCUCUGAUUUUGGUUGGAUUUUUAUGAAAACCAGGCCAAUUGAGAAGUUGAUAUGCUGCGUAACCCCAUCCUAACCCCUACAGAGGCUGACCAAUCACAGCGGAGAGACUGGAGAACACUUGUGCCUCCUGUGGAUUUUGUGCAGCUGAUUGGAAACAGUCACAUCUCAUAGAGGAACUGGUGAACAAUAUCGGAUGCCAGAUGCCUUUGAUGCGAUGAUGGAAGACAUAUUCUCAAGUCCUACGUUUAAUUGUAUUUAAACAGCUGCCAUCGUAGCUACAAUCAUAUUCAUCAAACUGCUGUUUACGAUUUUUAACCUUUUAUUGUUUUGUGCGGCCAAUGCUUAGGAAAUCAAAUUAAUUAUAAAGAUAAAUUAACUUACAAGCAUCACCUUUAUGGAGAUUGUAGAGAAUGUAUUAUUGUAAUAUGUUGUACAAUGUA